AUGACUGGUCGAAUGUAUGCGAAGCAGCAUGUGCCAGGGAAAGGUCUAGGUCUCAUUGCGACCGUAGAAAUCCCCAGGGGCACACGAAUUCUUUCUGAGUCUGCAUUGUUAUUAGGAACUGAAUUAUCCGGAGAGGAUCUUCGACCUUGCAUCUUAAAACAAUGGUCUGCUCUCACUCUUGAACAGCGACAGGAUUGCUUUUCUUUCGGUCAUAUGCACCCAUACACAAAUGGAAUCGAACGGCUAUGUGCGAUUUUCAACACAAAUUCUCUGCCUUUGGAAGGAACUUGUAUUUUAGAAACCGGCAAUUCAGGCGGAUCUCAAAAUCAACACAAAAGAGCCGGGCUUUUCGCUAAUGCAUGUCGUAUCAACCAUGCUUGUGAUAGAAACGCCGGAGCGCACUGGAUGGAGAGUAGCCAACAAAUCGCCGUCACAGCUCUGAAAGACAUUCCCAAAGAUGAUGAAAUUACGAUAAACUAUCUUGGUCUCUUUAAAUCCCGCAGAGUUCGGCGUGCGAGUCUUCAGAGAAAUUUCGGGUUUGAUUGUUCAUGUGGUCUCUGCUCCUUGCCAGGAAAUGAGAGCAAGAAAAGUGAUAGGCAAUUGAGUGAAAUUCCCAGACUGUCGUCAUUCAUUUUUGGUCGUAUCGCAGCGAGCAGAUGUGGAAGGCUAUUACGGGAACUUCGUGAAUUCGAUCAGCUAGUCCGUCUUUAUAAUGAGCAGGAAACCGGUGUUGCCGAUAUGGGGCGACUAUAUGUGGCUAUCGCCGAGAGGGUUCUCGAGCAUAGCGACUUGGCCAGAGGAAAGGUUUUCGCGGAGAUGGCAAUAUCUAACUUUAAAAUAGUCUAUGGCAGUGACUGUAUGGAAAUACAAAAAUGGGGGUACCUAGUUGACAACCCUACUGAAUACGAACUAUUCGGGCAUUCAAAGGCAUGGAAAACAACAGUCGACGAAAUCCCCACUGGUUAUUCUCCCGAAAUUUUUGUAGCGUGGCUAUGGAAAAGAGAGCAAGCGCGUUUUGUGGAACAGGUAGUCGACUUUAGAAGCCGCGCCAUUUUUCCACCAACCAUCAACUUGCCCUUUACAAGCAACAGCGACUACUACGAGACCAACGAAGCUCAUUUCUUCAGGGCACGAAAUCAUUGGUGUUUCUUUGGAGAGAUUACUCACACGACUAAGUUUGGAAAAUCAACGUUGGUAGUUAAAGAUGUUGAUGGUAAAGAGGUCAAGCUCGCAUUCAAAACCGAAGAAAGGGGGAGAGAAUUACCACCAAAUAAAGUCAAAGUAGGACACACAGUUGCGAUCAUCAACGCAAACCCCCACGAGUUUUCGAUUGAAGAUGAAAAUUAUGGUGGAAAGAUUGGUAUUCUUCAUGAUGAUGAACUUUGUUUGAAGGUAAUGUGCUUAUCAUCUCUAUAUCUCUUUAGCUCUUUUAGCUGUCUACCGCUAACCAUAUGCAAUAACAAAUAG